UCAAAAAAUAAAAUAAAAUGAUUGAGAAAAAUAAAGUUAAAGAAAAAAUUGUUAAAGAAAACGUGUCACGCCAUUAAAACAUUACACAACACAAUUUCGUAAGUUGAACUUAUGGGCAGGGCAUUUUCGGUGGACUAGCCCACUUCCCAUUAUCCAACAGGGCAAUUCCUCCCACAUAAUUAAGGAAGCCAUUGAAAGGUGACUAAAACGCUAGAAACGGGACUACCCGAACUUAUAUCUUCGGGGUACAUAAUAUAGCUUUCAAACUUUUAAAAUAAUCUUUCAAAGAAGUCCCCACCGUGAAAUCGAUAAAAGAUUGGUCAAUAGCGGGUGACACUAAAGCCAACUAAAACUGAAAAACAUUAAAAAGGAAAAAAAAAAAAAAAAAGAAUCGGAAAGACUUGAAGUCGUCUAGCAUUGACUUGUUCUCCCUUUUAAGUAUAUAUGAAUAUGAAUAACGGGUUGAUCCUAUAAACAAAUUAAAGGAGUCAGAAUACACAACGAAAACAAAAAAAUCUGUUUUGAGUUUCAUUCUACAUAUAUGGCUUGGAGGUAUAAACAUAUUCCUACAUGUUUCUUUUUGAUGUAUUACCUAACAGUUGUGACUAUUCUUGGAGAAACACUCUCAGCAACAGCUCACUCUCAGGUGAAGCCAAAACCCAACUGCCAGAGGUCUAGCUCAGGUCCAAUAAUUGAAUCGCACAAUUCGGAAAGAGUUUCUAGAUUUGAACCUUGCUCUCCAAAUGCUAAUCAAAUGAAAACUCCACCAUCUGGAAAACAUCUAAGCAGGAAUCAAACUCGAGAUCGUUCAAAAAAUAAAAAACUAAAUCGCCAACGUUAUGGUAAUAGUCCUCUUGAUAAUGGACUUGAUCAAAUUGAUUCUGAUUAUGUUUGGUUUACUGUGACGAUAAGUCUUGGCACACCACAACAAAAUUAUAACUUAAUCGCGGAUACUGGUAGCCAUUUGACUUGGGUACGUUGCCAACCUUGUUUCCAAGGUUGCACAUCAAAUGAUCCUUUGUAUGAUCCUUCAAAAUCAUUGUGCAAAGAUACAAUAUCAGAUCCCUUUAAUGUCACUUAUGCUGAUAACUCGUUUACAAAAGGUAUUUGGGGAUGUGAUACUCUCACUAUAGAUGAUCUUGGUAGAAUAAUGAACUUUAAUUUUGGUUGUGGCCAAGAAAAUGUCGAGAGAGACAAUUUUGUUGGUGCAGCUGGAAUUCUUGGACUUGGCAAAGGAGAGUUCUCUUUGACAUCUCAAAGUGAUGCAUCAAUACAAAUGUUCAGCUAUUUUGUCCCAGAAAAUAGUCGUGAUGGGAAUUUACAUUUUGGGGAUAAAGCCAGGAAUAUAUUUAACACUUGUAAUUCAAACCCAUUUACGCCAUUGGUAGAAGGCGAUGAUCCAGUAAAGUACUAUCUUGACCUAGUUGGUAUAAGUGUAGAUGGAAAUAAACUCGAUGUCUCAUCUACAAAAUUCACAUCUGGAGGUACAAUUAUCGACAGUGGAACGAUCAUCACUCGAUUGCCACAGGAGGUAUACACUGCACUUAGUGGUGCUAUUAGACAGUCCAUGUCUAAUUACACAUCAUUAGAACAUGUCGAUGGCCUCCUAGACACCUGCUAUCACUUAGAGGGAAACGAACCAUUUGUGCUACCAGAGAUUAAAUUCCAUUUUGGAGAAGAGAGUACUAUUGAUGUGACUUUGUCAAACAGUGGAACUAUAUGGAAGAAAAAUGAUACAGUAAAUUGUUUGGCUUUUGCUGCAACGGAAAGCAUUAAUAGUAAUAGCAUUAUUGGUAUCGUUCCACAACGUGGAUUCAAUGUGCUUUAUGAUUUGGAAGGGGAAAGGAUUGGAUUUGGCCGUAGUUGUGCUAGCUAGUUGAUCAGAGCCAGAGCCAAAAUUUCAUUUUUCAUGUUCUUAGCAUAACUUGUGUAAUCAAACUUAAUUGUUAUUUACUAUUAAGUUUAUCAGUGAUGAUAAGCUUUGUAUGUAAAUCACUGAUUUUGUGUUUCAUUUUCGCAUGUAAGUUCGUUGGUUUCGAAGAAA